AUGUUCGGAAUGAUUAAAAAUUCGCUUUUCGGGGCCACAGAAGAAACGGAGUAUAAACUGCUAAGCACAGAGUGCAAGGAAGGUGUCAGCUAUGAGGUGCGCAGGUACGAUGGAGCCAAGUACGCGUCUGUGAGUUCGGAGGGGCGUACCUUUGACCAGGUGUCUGGGGAACUUGCAAGAAGGCUACUCAUGUACACGGGCGGGAGCAACGAUCAAGGGGAGGCAAUGGGCACAACCACGCCAAUCAUCAUCACGGUGUUCCCCAGAGACGACGGUGCCAUGACCCGGAGACUGGUUGCCGCAAUACGCAUCCCCACGCGUUACCAAGGCAGCCCCCCCGCCCCCACCGACAGUGCCAUCAAGAUUGAGGACAGGCCUGGGAUGACUGUUUAUGCUCUACAGUUUGGGGGUUUCGCCGGUGAGAGCGAGUAUCGUGCGGAGGCAUCUCGACUGACGCGCACUUUGGGAGAAACCGCUCCUUACCAGCGCAAACAAUACUUCUGCUGCAGCUACGACCCGCCAAUCAAAAUCUACGGACGACGCAACGAAGUGUGGUUUGUACAGGAAGAACCUUGA